CGUAUUCAAAAUCAAGGUGCAACACCGUUUCUUAGACCUGUGAUUUAGAAAUCACCAUGACCGCUGUGUGUUGAUAGAUGUAUAUAUAAGGAGAGUUGAAGUAGGAAAACAACAGUUUACACUGUAUACUUAAGACAAGCGGACUUAAGACAAUUCGAGGAGUUCUGGAUUGAUUAUUUUUAAAACCAAAGCACGUUAUACGUUAUAAGUUAAAAUGGAUAUUCGAGUGUAUAGCAUCAUGUUUGCAUCUGUGUUUGCAUUAAGUUCUGUCAGCAGUGAGAACAUACAAUGCCCCCAGUGUAUGCACAUGGGCUACACGUUCACUAACAUGCCAUCUAUGUACAAGAGCAUUAUCGGCGGAGUGCUUGCCUCCCUCAACCUCUCUAACCCCGCGUGCCAGUAUAACACCCUGCUGCCCGACCCCUGUCCCGCCCCCGGGGCCGGUAACCGCUCCAAGUGUGAGACCUUCGUCUUCAAAGUGAUUGGGGUCGGUUUCUCAACCGCCCUACCGACCGCUGGUAUGACUGUGGAUGUCGUGUCGCGGAGCUGCGCAGAGCGUCCGGUGGCGGAGCCGGACACGUGCAUGGAUGUGGAUGACAUGGGUGCCACUAACCCUGAACUUGGGGCCGCCCUCGCUCGGAUGACAUCGCGCCUCAACACUGUCAACUACACCGGGGAGCAGUGCUUCACAAGCGCCAAUGGUUCAGAAACUAUCACCCCGAACCCCACGUCACAGAGGUCCCAAACACAACGCAAAGACCCACAACAGGUUCUUCUCUCGCGGCAAGCACCACCGCUGUUCAUGUUGCCGCAAACACCACCGCUGCUCCUGUUGCCGCAAACACUACCGCUGCUCCUGUUGCCGCAAGCACCACCGCUGCCCCUGAACCUACAGCGGUGUCCAUGUCGACCUAUGCUCAUGGUUGCUCUGAGUGCUUCCAUAUCGGCAUGCAGACCAAGAACAUGCCCGCAUUCGCCACGCAAAUGAUGACAACCAUACUGAACUCCAUGAACCUAACAAACCGCGCAUGUGCGAACAACACUGUCCCGCCCAGCACCUGUUCGGCCGCCUUCCCCGGCACAAUCAACAAAUGUCACGACGUCGCUUUCAGCGUCCACGCCGUUGGAAUGACAGGCGCC